AUGUCUACAGUUGAAGCUCCAUGGCAUGCAGCCUAUCCUGCCCCAAGGGGCGCUGCAGCCACACUACCCCGCCAAGAGUUUUUACAAUGGUUCAAGGAGGGUAAACAACCCGGCAAGGACUUUGUUCUCGUAGACCUGCGACGUACAGAUUACGAGGGAGGCACCAUCCGGGGAUCCUUAAACCUCCCAGCCCAGAGUCUAUAUCCAGCCAUUCCUACCCUUUACAAGCUCCUAGCGGCGAGUAAAGUGAAGAGUGUUAUUUGGUAUUGUGGGUCAUCCAGAGGCCGUGGAACGCGGGCUGGCGGUUGGUUCGCGGAUUAUCUUCAGGACCAAGGGGAGACGAACCUGAAGAGCUUAGUAUUGGAAGGUGGUAUUAAAGGCUGGGUCGCUGCAGGGCCGGAAUAUACGGAGCUUAUGGACGAAUAUGAUGCGUCGUUCUGGGCGAAGCCGACUUCCGGAUAA